AUGAUUGACUCGCGAAACCCAGACGGCGGAAGUGGGAGCUCAGGCCAGGCUGUCGGCGGCGUCACGCCAGUGCGGUUAAGGAGGCUCGAGCUGCACGACUGCACGAGUUUGGGCGAGGACGUGAUGAGGUGGUUAGAGAGCCGAGUUACAGAGGUGAUCUGCUCGGAGCCAGCUGUGGAUCGAUCGCCUUUGGUACACCCAUAUCUAUAG